AUGGCCCACUCCAACCAUUCCAGCACCUCCUUCUUUCUGACUGGCCUCCCAGGCCUUGAGGCUGUGUAUGUCUGGCUCUCCAUUCCUCUCUGCAUCAUGUACAUUGCCUCUCUGGCAGGGAAUGGCCUGAUCCUGUGGGUUGUAAAGUCAGAGUCCUCCCUGCACCAGCCUAUGUACUACUUUCUAUCCAUGCUCGCAGUGACAGACCUGGGUCUGUCUGCCUCCACACUGCCCACCAUGCUCACAAUCUACAUAAUGGGUGUCAGGGAAGUGGCAUUAGACAUGUGCCUUGCCCAGCUUUUCUUCAUCCAUACUUUCUCCAUCAUGGAAUCCUCUGUGCUGCUGACCAUGGCCUUUGAUCGUUUUGUGGCCAUCAGUAGUCCCCUACGCUAUGGCACCAUCCUCACUAACCCUCGAAUUGCCAGCUUGGGCCUGGCCAUUGUGGUUCGCAGCGUUGGUCUCCACAUCCCUGCCCCCAUCAUGCUGAAGAAGCUGCCUUACUGCCAGAAGCGCCAGCUUUCCCACUCUUACUGCCUGCAUCCAGAUGUUAUGAAACUGGCCUGUACAGACACCCACAUCAACAGUGCCUAUGGCCUCUGUGUUCUGUCCACCCUGGGUGCGGACUCUGUGCUCAUUGUUCUCUCCUACGGGCUAAUCCUCCACACGGUGCUUUCAAUUGCCUCCAAGACUGAGCGCCUCAAGGCCCUCAACACCUGUGUCUCCCACAUCUGUUCUGUACUGCUGUUCUACACACCUAUGAUUGGCCUGUCCAUGAUCCACCGAUUUGGCAAGUGGGCUUCCCCAUGCAGCCGUGUGUUGCUCUCUUAUCUUCACUUUCUCACUCCUCCAGUGCUCAACCCGGUUGUAUACACUAUAAAGACUAAGCAGAUCCGGCUGAGGAUUCUGCGCAUCUUCCGGUCUGGUGGAGCAAGCAUUGGAGAUACCCAGGGUCACUAA